AUGGAGAACAGCAGGAGAGCCCACAUAGCCAUUGUUGGCUGGGCAUGCACAACCUUGUGUUUGAUCUCUUAUGUGGCUGCCUUCUCGCACGGCGCAAGCCUUUCUGCCUGCACUGACAUGAUGCCCAGGCACCUGAGAGCACAGCUGCACAGCCCAAACAACUAUGUUACUGUCCACACCAACAUGUCCUUCUACUCCCCAGGUGACAAGGUUCCAGUGACAGUGAGGAGCACCAGGGAUUUUAUGGGCUUUUUGCUUCAAGCUCGCAAAGUGUCUAAUGAUGAAAUCACUGGCACAUUCAUCCUCAUCCCUCCUGGUUCCAAGCUGCUGACUUGCUUUGAAGAUGGUGACACUGUCACCCAUUCAGACAAGUCACUGAAGAGAAACCUGUCCUUCGUAUGGAAAGCACCAGACCAACCCAUUGGAGACAUCAAGUUUUUCAUCUCUGUAGUCCAGUCAUACUUUGUUUAUUGGGCAAAGAUUGAAUCUGCUAUUGUGGCUCACCGAGGGCAAAACAAAAUGCCUGCUGGCAGCAGCGAGAGGCCCGACCCUGUAACUGCUGUAACUCCUUUGCAGGGACCAGCUGAUCCCACAGGUAUGGCAAGCAAAGUGCCUCCUGCCAGCCCCACUGGCACUGCAGCAGCGCUGACACCAGAGCCAAAUUUUGGUGCCCAUCCCAUUGCUGAGCCAAAGCAGCUGGCCCGGCCCUCGCGGGCUGUGUCCAGUGGGAGUAGUGGGUCCAGUAGCCAGUGGUUGGAGCCGUCCCUCGCCACCAGAGACCCCAGCACCACAGCUGCCAUACAAGAGCUCCUGCCCCAGGACAAUGCCUCCAGCUACAGCACCCCCAAUGGGGCAGGGAGCAUUGCCAGUGCUGCCACCCCACACUUGUGUUUGAUGUGUAAAGAAGAUGGGCAGGCCAAUACCAAGAGUGGGAACAUCUUGGAAGCCUCCCACAUUGUGACAGCAUCUCCUUCUGCCCCACACCUACACACUCACCUGGGUGAUGCUGCUGUGACAACAGCCUGGUUUGACAAUACUGAUGCUGCCAGCAAUUUGUCAUCAGCUUCAAGGCAAAUGGCAGAAAGAAAACUGGCACCACAGCCAGAGGAGGCAGGCGCCAGGGGCAAGGAGGAGGAGGAGGAAGUGGGAGGGAAUACCCUGCCGUGGGUGACCAGACCAGCUCCUGAGUUCGCUGUUCCUGGGAAGGGGGAAGACCCUGGCAGAGGGACUCGGCUCCUUGCAGCCCAGCUCGGCAUCCUCCUGGUCUGCACUGCCGCCCUGGGCCUGGCACUGGCAGCUGCCGUGCGCUGUGUCUGUGCCCAGCACUGCCACAAGCGGACGGAGGUCUCCUUCGGUGAGCCAGACCCCGGUAUCAUCACGGUCAGUGAAAACGGGGAGGUGAUGCACUUCCGAAAGAUCCGGGAGAACAGCUUCGUGCUGGUGCAAGCUGAGUAUAACUGGGUCAGCCCUUCGAGCAGCGGGAAGAAGACAGUCAUCUGA